AUGGGAAUGAAUAAACAAAAAUUGAGAAACUCAAAACAAUCAAAAUCUAUAUGGGAAAUACGUUCAGUAAUAGAACAACGUUUAGGAGAACUUGCUUUGAGAGGAAAAUAUGUUGAAAAAAGAAAUGAAAAUAUUGCUAAUAUUGAAAUAAUUGUGGGUUAUAAAAUGUUUUUAAAUAUUUUGUGUAUUUAAUCAGAUUGAUGGGAUUAAAUUAGGGUUGUACCUCGAACGCUCGAGGGCUGGUGCGAACUUCCCUCAAAAAUACUGCUCGGGAAUGGGGGUUUAUAUGCUUUCAGGGCGGGGUCUGGGUUGGGGAUAAGUGUGAAAAAAUCGUUCGGGAAAGAGGUCGGGGUAGAACU